UCUGGGCACAGAACAACCCUGGCUGACCAUCCAAUGUCCCCUCGGUGGUUUACUCGAGACAAAACAACCCAAACUUAGGGAAACGUUACCGAUUCACUAUCAGACCCUUUCGAAACUUAAAGUUUGCUUCUGGUGCCACCCAGACCCCUGUUAGUCAAAUGGGGUUUCCCCUGAGGGGAUUGGUCAGACCCGCUGUCAAUCAUCAUUGUGCUGUUGAAAAAAGGAGCGCUGACUUGGGUGGGCAGACCUUGGUACGUAGUUCGUUGCUAGCGUGUGUCAGAGCCUUCGGGUUUGAGAUCCAAGUAGAUGAAACAACAAGAACAAUAAAUCCUGUUGGUCGUUCUGGGCCGAUAGAAGAUGUCCCAAUCAUCUGGAUCAGGGAAUGGGAGUGAUGGUGGAAGCAUCUCCGAAGAUAAUGGUUUUUCUUCCCCCAAUCCCUCAGCUGCUGCUGCUGCUCAGGAGGUCAGAUCUGCCACUGAUGGUAAUACCAGCACCACUCCGCCCACCUCUGCCAAGAAGAGAAAGUUAAACAGCAGCAGCAGCAGCAGCAGUAACAGUAGUAACGAGAGAGAAGACUUUGAUUCCACCUCUUCCUCUUCUUCCACUCCUCCUUUACAACCCAGAGAUUCGGCAUCCCCUUCAACCUCCUCCUUCUCCUGCCUGGGGGUUUCAGUGGCUGCUUCCAGCCACGCACCGAUACAGAAGAAGCUGCGUUUUGAAGACACCCUGGAGUUUGUAGGGUUUGAUGCGAAGAUGGCUGAGGAAUCCUCCUCCUCCUCCUCCUCAUCUUCACCAACUGCUGCAACAUCUCAGCAGCAGCAACUUAAAAAUAAGAGUAUAUUAAUCUCUUCUGUGGCUUCGGUGCAUCAUGCAAACGGCCUAGCCAAAUCUUCUACCACCGUCUCUAGCUUUGCUAACAGCAAGCCUGGCUCUGCUAAGAAGUUAGUGAUCAAGAACUUUAAAGAUAAACCUAAAUUACCAGAAAACUACACAGAUGAAACAUGGCAGAAACUGAAAGAAGCAGUGGAAGCUAUCCAGAAUAGUACUUCAAUUAAGUACAAUUUAGAAGAACUCUACCAGGCUGUAGAAAAUCUCUGUUCUUACAAGAUUUCUGCAAACUUGUACAAACAGCUGAGACAGAUUUGUGAAGAUCACAUCAAAGCACAAAUUCAUCAGUUCAGAGAGGAUUCAUUGGAUAGUGUUCUUUUUCUAAAAAAGAUUGAUCGAUGCUGGCAAAACCACUGCAGACAAAUGAUUAUGAUCAGGAGCAUUUUUUUGUUUCUGGAUAGAACUUAUGUUCUUCAGAAUUCGAUGCUACCCUCUAUUUGGGAUAUGGGACUGGAGUUAUUUAGGGCUCAUAUCAUAAGUGAUCAGAAAGUCCAGAAUAAGACAAUUGAUGGCAUUCUUCUCUUGAUUGAGAGGGAAAGAAAUGGUGAAGCAAUUGAUAGAAGUUUACUCCGAAGCCUUUUAAGCAUGCUUUCUGAUCUGCAAAUUUAUCAGGACUCUUUUGAACAAAGAUUUUUGGAAGAAACUAACCGACUCUAUGCAGCUGAAGGCCAAAAAUUAAUGCAGGAAAGAGAGGUUCCUGAAUAUCUUCAUCACGUUAACAAACGUCUAGAGGAAGAAGCAGACAGACUUAUUACUUAUCUAGAUCAGACCACCCAGAAAUCAUUAAUUGCUACUGUAGAAAAACAACUUUUAGGUGAACACUUAACAGCAAUUCUUCAGAAAGGUUUAAAUAAUCUUCUUGAUGAAAACCGAAUUCAGGAUUUAUCUCUCCUGUAUCAACUCUUCAGUAGAGUUCGAGGUGGCGUUCAGGUUCUCUUACAGCAGUGGAUUGAAUACAUUAAGGCAUUUGGCAGCACUAUUGUAAUUAAUCCAGAAAAAGAUAAAACCAUGGUUCAAGAAUUGCUGGAUUUUAAAGAUAAGGUUGAUCAUAUAAUUGAUAUCUGUUUUAUGAAGAAUGAAAAAUUUAUCAACGCCAUGAAAGAAGCAUUUGAAACAUUCAUUAACAAAAGACCAAACAAACCUGCUGAACUUAUAGCUAAAUAUGUAGAUUCAAAGCUUCGUGCCGGCAACAAAGAAGCUACAGAUGAAGAACUUGAAAAAAUGUUGGAUAAAAUUAUGAUCAUAUUUAGAUUUAUCUAUGGCAAGGAUGUUUUUGAGGCCUUCUAUAAGAAAGAUUUAGCCAAGCGCCUAUUAGUUGGGAAGAGUGCAUCUGUAGAUGCUGAAAAGUCAAUGCUGUCCAAACUAAAACAUGAAUGUGGAGCUGCUUUCACCAGCAAACUUGAAGGAAUGUUUAAAGACAUGGAGCUUUCUAAAGACAUCAUGAUUCAGUUCAAACAGGUAAAAUAUAUGCAGAACCAGAAUGUACCUGGGAAUAUUGAAUUAACUGUGAAUAUUCUGACAAUGGGUUAUUGGCCAACAUACGUGCCUAUGGAAGUCCAUUUACCCCCAGAGAUGGUAAAACUUCAGGAGAUUUUCAAGACAUUUUACUUAGGCAAACACAGUGGCCGGAAACUUCAGUGGCAGUCAACCCUAGGACACUGUGUUCUAAAAGCCGAAUUUAAAGAGGGUAAAAAAGAACUCCAGGUCUCUCUCUUUCAAACACUGGUGCUGCUAAUGUUUAAUGAGGGAGAGGAGUUCAGUUUAGAAGAAAUCAAGCAGGCUACUGGAAUAGAGGAUGGAGAGUUGAGGAGAACACUGCAGUCGUUGGCAUGUGGCAAAGCUAGAGUUUUGGCAAAAAACCCGAAGGGCAAAGAUAUUGAAGAUGGUGACAAGUUCAUUUGUAAUGAUGAUUUCAAGCACAAACUUUUCAGGAUAAAGAUAAAUCAAAUCCAGAUGAAAGAAACGGUCGAGGAACAAGCAAGCACUACAGAAAGAGUAUUUCAAGACAGACAGUAUCAAAUUGAUGCUGCAAUUGUUCGAAUUAUGAAGAUGAGAAAGACACUUAGCCACAAUCUCCUUGUUUCAGAAGUGUACAAUCAGUUGAAAUUUCCAGUAAAGCCUGCUGAUCUUAAAAAGAGAAUAGAAUCCUUAAUUGACCGGGACUACAUGGAAAGAGAUAAAGAAAAUCCAAACCAGUACAACUAUAUUGCAUAAAAUAUUGGCCUUGGAGCAUUUGUUGUCACAUGCAGUAGCCGGUGGAUAAACUAACUUGUCAAUCCAAUGUUAUUUGACUUCUUUUAUACUACCGAUGACCAAAUGAAGCAGUAUAAUGGGAUAGUUGAGGUGGACUUUUUCAGUGGUUAACAUGCCCUUUUAAAGAGUAAUACGUACCUUUAAGAAGAAUGUUGUUGAACUCUUUGCAUGUUAUUUAGUAUGAUGUGCAGAAAACUCUUAAGAAAGUACCUGGUCUUCAUGAUUCCUGUUUGGAACUGGGGAAGAGGUCCCUAUGACUAUUAAAAAAGGAGAGGGGGGUUCUUAUACAUCGUUAAUUAUGAAGCAAAAGGUUUAUUUGCUUAAAAUGUCAUUUAAAGAUACUUAAACUGCAUGCAGACUUUAUUUACUGUACAGAGUUCUGGAUGUAUUUAUCAAAUAGAAAAACCACCCUGGACUUGGUUGUUCACCUGUUUUGUGAUUUCCCAUGAAAAGAAAAUAAGUUGUCAUAGCUAUUGGUAUUUUACUCUAGGUAAUGUUCUGUUACACUGAAAGGGAUGUUUUUUAAAAACUUAUUUGGAAACAAGUUUUCAAGUAGAGGGACAGUUGCUUUACAUAAUCUCUGUAUAUACACAUCCUAAAACUUCACAUUUAUGACAGUGGGAUGUGUGUAUAUAGCUUAACCCUGAGUUUACUGUGCUGAUUAACAGGUACUUGUAAAAAGAGCUGAAAUAGAAAAUUGUUGAUCAGUUGUGCUAGACGAACAUGGUAGGAGAGAAAAAAUCCAGUUCUUCAUAUUAAAAAUGAAUACAAUAUGAACAUUGCAAAAGAGACCAAAACCCACAUGUUUUAUAAAUUUUUACAGGAGCAGAAAAUCAUCAGCUAGUUUCCAAUUUCCUUUUGACUUUAAAUGUUAUUUGAACAGUUUUGUCUUUAACUUGGACCAAUUGUAGAUUGUUACAGGCUUCCUAGGAUUUAGCAUUCCUAUUUACUCUACCAAAGGUUUUUGGGGAGGCAUCCCAGCUCUCCUCUUCGUUGGUAAAUAAACCUUUCCUGUCAUCAUUAUUCUAAUUUCCUAAAGCCUUGCAUAAAAAAUAAAAAGGUCCUCCCUCAUUUUCCCCACACAUCCCCUAGUUGGGAAUUUAAAAAUCUGCGUCUUGCUGAUAUUUUUCCUUUCCAAACUGAAGAUAAAAGAGUUCUUAUAGCCACUGGACACCUACUUUCAGGGAAAUGUCCUAGGAUUGUUCAUAUAUAGAAAAUAGUGAAAGUACUGUUCUUCAAAUUGGUAAGUCAGCGAAAGUCUUCUCUUUACCAUUAGUGGGGUUUUUGCUUCCUUGUUUGUUUUUCCUUGACACUAGGAAAGGAAUUGAAAGAAACAAAAUUUUGUUUUGAUUUUGAAGUCAGAAUUGCUUUAAUGCUUUUUUGCAACAGUUUAUUUCCUUGACUAUUUGGAACUAGUAAUAAGAAUAGCUAGGCUUCAACUGAGGACACUUAGGGCUCUUGUGUCUGCUUUUGAUUGUUUCCUUGAGCUCUCAAAGACCUGUGACCAGCUAUUUUUAAAAAGUUGUCUUUCUAAUUGUAUCAACUUGCACACUGUUGUCUAAUAAUAUGUGGUAUUUAGAAUGCCUUCCUAAUUCUUUUUGAGCAGCCAUUGCCUAUAUUUCCUCAGUUCCUCCUUGGUUUCCUUACAUGAACUCAUCUGACAUGGAAAUACAGUUGUUUUGUUUGCCCUCUCUGUAAUGACCAUCUAAGUCAGUGUUCUAAUCAUCCCUGAUGGUCUCUGAGAUAUAUAGACGCUACUACAAGAAUCAAUAGUUAUUCUUAAAGAAUUUUAAGGUAGAAUUGGUCCUGUUAGAAGAAGACUCUUGCUGUCAACUUUGUUAUCUUGAAAGCUGGUCCCUUCCCUGCGGUUCUUAAUUUUUUGAAAACUUGAUGCUGUUUCAUCUGCAAAAUUGGCAAGACUAUUAAAAAGCAAGUUGAGUGGAGCUGUUUAAGAAAUUGAAAAGUGAUUGCAAACAACAUUGGAUAAUUGUGACUUUCAGUCGUUGUUCUGUAUCAGUUGAAUUUUUGUGCUCUUUUCCCUGUGUAUGUGGUGGUUCUAUUUUUCUCCAAUAAAACUUUUAUUUAAA